AUGGCCACAACGACCACCCGGGCGGAUCCAAGCAACGCCACGUCGACUUACAUCAACAUUGACUCUCUCACCUCCGACGACUUCUCGCCUUACACGCAUGCCAACAACCUCGUUCUCGCUGCGAACAACCCGUCCGACCCGACCAUUGAUCUCACUACACCUUUAUCUCGUGUUCUUUUCGACCUUCAAGAGAUCGAUUCGCACAUUCAUACUCUUACCUCCCGCUCGGCGCUCGACAUCCUAACAUACACUGCUACUCAAAAUUCCGCUGCUCAAAGGAUACUCAACAGGAUAGAAGAGGAACGAGCGCGCCUACUUGCUAGCUACGAACGGCUAGAAAAAGAAGUCCUGGUGCGGCAUCGGAACGCAGUGAUUGCGAAGAUCACCGCGCAACGGAGCUGGGAGGUUCUACGAUUAGGGAGGGGUGUACAAAGAAUCGUCAACCUUGCAAGACAGUUUGAAACCAUCCUUGCGGAGGCGGGACUCGGGGGAGGCACGAGAGUCGGCAGGGAAGAUCACGGCGCGCUCGUGCGCGCAACUCGUUCGGUCCUUGGGUUUCGCGAUGUCAUCACUGGAAAAGAUGGCGGUGAGUUGGCGCGCAUCAACCUUGUGAAAACAUUGCGGGGAAGGGUCUUCGAAGAUGGCGAGGCUCGGAUCCUCGACUUCGCCAGACGCAUUGUCAGGGAGUUCUCAAUGAGUACGCUGUCCUCGGGCCCUGGCGGUGGAGUUUCAACAACCUCGGGACCCACGUAUCGAGAAGUGGAGGACAGCCGUGCCCGGUUUACGAGCGCAGUCCACAUUCUCUAUCUCCUGUCCCCAGCACCAAGGAUAGAUGGAGAGAAGAUGACAAAGAAGGACUUUGAACCCGAAUAUCUACUCCGUGCAUUGCAGGGGUAUCUGCAGACGGCUAUCACGUCGAGUUCUGCAUCGAUUGGGAGGGCUUUGGGGCAGCUACCGACACUAGACCGGGUUUUGCUGGAGACGAGCGCACGGUGUCAAAGCAUUGUGGCUCUCGAAGUCUUGCUGCGUGGCAUAUCUCCCCCCGACCAUCCUUCACUGCAGCUUGAAGCUCCAGACGACAAGAGGACCAUCAAUGACGGCGGCGAAGAGGGCUUGGAUGAAGACAGAGAUGAGAUUACAGUGCCCUCUACACACGUCCCUCCGGACAACUUCCUCUCCUUGCUCCUCGGUGCCCUCGACACAGCCUCUCUACCCUCAUACUUCUGGCGCUCACUGGCGUCCUCGCUCUCCCUUCGCGUUCAGGAGAUUCUGACGAGAGGAGGCGUUUCCGCACGCACGUUGCGAAGUCAGCGCGACACUGUCCGGCAGGAGGUCCGCGAGUGUGUGCUUCGAGGCUCAAAGUUGCCGAAGGUUGUUUUGGUGGGUGAUCCGAAAGCAACUUCGACUACGAGGGAUGAGCAACAAGUAGACAACUGGGACCGAGAGGCGGCGGUGAUGGUUGGGAGUGUUGUCAGUUUACUGGGGCGGUAG